CACCUUAUCGACACUCCCACCACAACCUCAAUUUCCCUUUUCACAUCACGCCUCAGCACUAUCUAAACCAAAAAAAAAAACAUCGAACACUGCUGCAUCUCACACCAUAUUCUCUACUUUGUUCUGGGGUGAAGUGAAUUCCUUUUCUUCUGAUCAUAGUCAUACCACAACCUGCAAUGGCAUCCAGGAACUCUAGCGUGCUGGCAUGCAACUACGCCAUAUCGGGUGCCGGAUCGUCAGAUCUCGGUGCGAAGCAUGCCUCUAUGCCUUCCGUGGCUUCUCCCGUCAUAAACUACCAGUGAUCAGGGCCCAACAGGCUAAUAUUGAUUCAAAAGAGUUGCACGAUUCUGCCAGCCAAGGAAGAAGAGCAGCGAUUCUUUGCCUUGCAGCUGCCCUUUUUACAACUGCUGCCUCCACCUCUUCUGCUAAUGCUGGAAUCAUUGAAGAACUACUUGAAAAGAGCAAAGAAAACAAGAGGUUGGCUACAAGCGGCGCAAACUUUGCAAGGGCAUUCACUGUUGAAUUUGGAACAUGUCAGUUCCCUGAGAACUUCACUGGCUGCCAAGAUCUUGCCAAGCAGAAGAAAGUAUCAUUUCUCUCUGAUGACUUGGAGGUGGAAUGCAAAGGGAAGGACAAAUACAAGUGUGGUUCCAAUGUGUUCUGGAAAUGGUGA